AUGCAAAGCGACGAGGCCAAAGUCUUACUGGGAUUUCCUCCGCAUUCUUAUCCCUCCACAUCUCAGGUUAAAGCCGCUUACAGAAAGAAGGUCUGGGAAACUCAUCCCGAUCGAUUUCCAAAUUAUGAAAAAGCCCAGGCCGAGUCUAAAUUCAAGUUGAUUUCCGAAGCUUACACUUUCCUCCUCAACUCUGGUGGAAGUGGACAAGGUUCAAAAACAGCAUCAUAUUCGCGGGUUGUAAGAAGCGGUGUUCCAAGAUCUCCUGGAGGAAGAAGAAAUUUGGCACUUACUUCGGUUCCUUACUUUUUGAUCGUUCUAGGUGCAUUUACACUUGGGGGGUCAACUGCUGCCAGGGCUUACAGGAAACAGAGAGAGUCCUGUCCUUCUUACAAUCCCUUCCUCCCCUGA